CCGCUUUUCCCAGAAGCCGAAAACGGUGCGUUUCGAGUUUCAUCAAAAGUCAAAACCCUCCCCCAUUUUACACACAUCAAUUAUCAUCAUCUUUAUUCUCACUCUCCUUACUCCUUUGUCCACACUUGGAGCGUCGCCGUUUACUACAUUCUACGUUUUCGUUCUUGGUGCUAACUUUUGGAGAUCAACAGAAUGGCGUUAUUUGUUUCUACCGAAUGUUUCCUUCCUACCCAUCAAUCUCAGCUUGGAUUUGUGCAUCAUGAGGCUCAAGAUCGUUCUUUUUGUGGCAAUAGCAUCGUAAACUUUCAAGGUGCCUCUAAAACUCCACAGUCUCUCUCAUUUGCGGGUUCCAUACGAGAUAUUAAGCCUCAAGUUGCUGUACAGAGAAAGGGUCGAUCAUCCUCUAUCCAGACGGCUGCCGUGCGGCAUCUGACUGGUUCUGUUACCAAAACGCAGGGACUUCGUUUUGCUGUGGUUGUUGCACGGUUUAAUGAAAUUGUUACAAAGCCGCUAUUGGAGGGAGCUUUGGGUACUUUCAAAAAUUAUUCAGUUAAAGACGAGGACAUUGAUGUUGUGUGGGUUCCUGGCAGUUUUGAAAUUGGUGUUGUUGCGGCAAGACUGGGAAAAUCAGGCAAAUAUCAUGCAGUUGUAUGCAUAGGAGCUGUGGUAAGAGGAGAUACAACCCAUUAUGAUGCAGUUGCUAACUCUGCAGCAUCUGGAGUGCUUUCAGCUAGUCUCAACUCAGGUGUUCCAUGCAUUUUUGGCAUCCUAACUUGUGAAGAUAUGGAUCAGGCCCUAAAUCGUGCUGGUGGAAAAUCUGGGAAUAAGGGUGCUGAGGCCGCACUGACUGCUAUUGAGAUGGCAUCUUUGUUUGAGCACCAUCUGAAGUAGUCACAAGGCUCGUUACCAAUCUUAUAACUGUUCAUCUCAGGCUACUCUAUCAUAUAUUCUUAGCCUAUUACAGGCCACAACGAGCAGAAGAUGAUUCAAACCAUUUUGGUUUUAAAAAAUUAAUAUCUACAUGGGCAUGCUGUUAAGUUGAAUAACCGGGAAUCAAUUUUAUGCCGUUAUACAUUAACAUUUAUUUCUAUUAUCCCCCGGCCCCCCUUAUUUUUUUUCUUUUCCUUCUCUUUUCUCUCAUAUUUUGGUUGAACAUUUUCUGUUGUUAAUUCCAUCAGAAGGUUGCCGA